GCCAGAAGUAAAUAGACGCCACAUUUUUAUGGGCGCGACCAUUGACAUUUUUUUGUAAUUUAUUUUAUUUUAAAUUUUAAAAAAUUUUAAUUAUUUAUUUAUUUUUAAAAUUAAUUAUCGCGUGUGUUCAAUGACUAAUUGUCAGUAAUUGUUGAUUACAACGAAAAUAUAAAAGGAGUAAAAAAUUUAUAACCGCAACAAUGAAACAAAUAUUUUUUUUGUUGUUAAUUAUUGGAGUAUUUUAUAAACAAGUAUCGGCUGCUGGUGGAUGGCUACUGUGCUAUAAAUGUAACAGUAAUCAACCAGGAUGCGGUACUCCACUUAAUUGGUUAUGGUACUGGGGUGAAUACUGCCCAGAACCCGAUGACGUAUGUGUCAAAGUCAUCGAACGUAAAGGAGCUGAGACAUUAAUUACACGUGACUGUUUGAGUACAUUGCGAGACUACCGUACCGAUAUACCAGCAGAUCACUACGAAGGAUGUCGUCCAGCAGCAAAAGAUGUCCGACUUGGUCACUUUGUAAACAAUACGAUCAAGGAACUCGAUAUACACCGCGAUUACUACGACGAAGUUUCCUGGUGCUUCUGUUACUUUGACAAUCGAUGCAACUCCGCCACCUCGUUAUCGAUUACUCAGUCUAUAAUUCCUCUAACUCUUCUUACUUUUAUAUACAAAUUUAUUUUAUAAACAUUCCUGCCUAUAUCGAUUAAAGAAAAUUCGUUUUAUAGAAAAAUUUAUGAGAUUUUAUAGUUAUAACUUUUUUUAGAAAUAUAAUGACUACAAUGAUACCGUCCAAUUUAAUUAGAUAAGUGUAACAAGAUUAAUCAUGAUCAAAAAAAAAUCCCGUCCAAAUGUAAGAAUUUUAUAUAAAUUUAUAUAUAUAUAUAUAUA